AUGGUCCUUGGCCCAGGAGCCCCUCCAGCGGGUGGUGGCAGUACGGACAGAGCUACCGAGCUGCAGAUGAGGUUCAAAAAUGUGGCUUAUAUACAUCCAGGGAGCGAUGGAGUUCCCGAGGUUCAAUGGUUAUGCAGACCGCCGGCACACAAGCUACAACGGGCUGCUGCGGUCGAGCUAGUCAGGAAAGUUGCAAAAAGAUGCCGGUGCAACAUCAUUUGGAUCAUGGGAGGACUACAUAGCCAGGCAACAACAGGGUGGGUGAAGACAGCAACCGGCCACGUCCGAGAGAUGGCCGACGACGACUGCCACAUCACUGUGCGCAUGGGAACCGCCGAGAACAUCUGCAAACUCCACGGCCAUAUAUAUAUCCACAAGGAGAAGGAGUGGAUAAUGACGAGCGGCGGAGAGCGGAAACUAGAUAUUGCGCGGAGACUGAUGACUGAGUCUGAGCGGACAUACGUGGGGGGCUUGCCAUACCAUCUCUGGAUCUGGGGCCCCUAUGCGCCAGUCUCGGCAACUUGGCCUCGGAUCGGACCGAAACUACCUGAGCCACCCUUCGUGAGAAAACCCGAGUAUAGUCAUUUGGACGAAAAAAGGAGGGGUCGUACUACUUCUUAG